UUAGGUGCUGGGCCGAAUUUGCCGUUUUCCCUGUGCUAGUAAUGAAAUUCAUUGGAUGUUUUUUUCAUGGCUUGACCGUUUCCAUACUUUAGCAGGGAAAAGAAUGAUAGACUAACUACCCUAGGUACCAAGUGCUGGAAACUUAUGUCACAGAAUCACGAGUAGUCGGCAGUAUGCGAGCAUUCGGCUUUCAAUGGUCCCAGAAAUCAGAAAUUUGUAUGUUCUGGUACAUUAGAAAUCCAGGCAUUCUUUCUCUCUACAACCCUCGAAGCUCGGCUCCUGGGCUGCUGGAUGAUCGGGAACCGGACGAAGCGCGAAUCAGGUCAACGGCACACAACUGUUCCAAACGGUAGGUGCUUGCUUAUGUACCUACUUUUACAACGUACAGUACUCCGUAGCUCCUUGCGAUAUUUAUGAGUUUAGAAGUCUGAGAUGCUUUCUUCGAGUCGAAGUUAGCAGUCUGGACCUCUGCAGUCUUCA